UGCUUCUGCUAAUGAAGGUCGCUUUGCCUCCAGAGAUAUAACAAAUAGAAAAAUCAAUAUGUUUUAAGUGCAUAAGACAAGAAAAAUGAAUGGAAAUGACCUAAGGGAACAUUCGAAUUCGUGACAUGCCUUUAUAUAAUUUUUCUAUUCGCGACAUCUGAAUCCAUUUUAAAGCUUAAUAAUUUUAAAGUUUUAUUAAAGACAAAUAUAAUUACACCGUAGCGUUUAGCACGGACAUAUUACUAGUACUGAUAGUAGAUCGAUCCACCGAUCAAGAGGGAAAAGAAAAGAAAAACAAACUUUAAAAGAGAUCCCGACCUUGUCUUUCCAACCCAAAAUCCUCCACCAAAAAAACUGAAAGCAAAAUUAGCUAAGAACAAGAAAGAGUAGAGCCGCUCGUCGCGCGCUGUGCGCGCCUCCUCGCGCAGCAUGGCGAUGUCGGCGGCCUCGACGUAGUAGAGCUGCUCGACGAAGCUCGCCUCCGCGGCUCGCCGUGAGCGGGUUCAACUCGUGCUCGUGGUCCCACGGCACGAACAUCCCGUCGACGGCGGCGCUGUACCUCGGUGGGGAGUGGGGACGGCUCAGCACCGACCGGUCAAGGUUCAGGCCUCCGGCGAACGUCCCCGUGCGCGCGAAUUCCGACCACGACCGGAGGAGCACCACCGUGAUGUGGCCGUCGCCGAGGAGGUGGUUGCUAGCCCACACCACGGCGAAGCUGCCGGCAACCCACUCCGCCUCCGUCUCAGCCGCCCGCCGCCCUCCGCUGCCGUCAGUGCCGCCUGCUCCCGCCCUCGCGUGGCCGCCGCCGUGCAGAGAGAUAAGUGACUGCAUUGCUCGCCCGCAUGUCCGCAUCGCCCUCAAUUAUUACAACUUCAAUCAUCCGGGUGCUGAGUUCGAUUGCGUUAGGCCUUUGAGUGCAUAUUUUGCUUCUUUCGGAGGUCAAAUUUGGUCCCAUGUCAACUUCCUGGCUCGCAGGAGGGGUUGUAUUGAUGCCCCGGUGCUUCGCUUCUUCGCUGAGCUAUUCUAUUAUGGCCGUCUCGCUGAGACACCGGUUGUCGUAUCAUGCACCAUAUUACGGGAUUCCGACGUUGCCGGAGAGUCCGAAUUUGCAGGAGAAGACUCUGAAGAGUUCCAAGGCCAUCAAGGCAAGUCACACAGAUCCCAAACAACCCUUUGAGCAUGUUGAUCCCAUUUAAAGCUAUUGUUUCUAUUCAACUAUUGCAUUUAUUUUGAAUGUCAUUAGGUGGGAAUAACCUAUUGCCUUUGUUAUAGUCCUCUGAUAUUGAUUACUUAUACUUUGUCACCUGGUUAAUAAUUGGAUUAGCUAGAACAUUAUAUGGUUUUAGCUAAAGUGCUUAGGAUGCUUAGCCAUGCUUAGAGACACUAGCUCAUAUAAAUGGGAUAACUUAUG